UGCAGUCGCGUCCGCUUGGACAUUCCCUCCCCCGGUGGUUGCGUUGGGAUUUCAGACACAUUUUCAGACCGACAGGGAGUAUUUGUCCGUCUAAGUAUGUCCCAGACACUGCACGGGGCGCCCUCAGGCCGAGUUACUGGCUGGAUGGGCAACAGCACGUCGUCCACUUGGGGGAAGCCGGCAGCUGCUCCCGUGAAUCAGAUCCAGAAGAGUUCCAGUCACAAAUGCAUGUGAUGCACUUUGACGCGUACUGCUAAGAUGAAAUGCAGAAAUGAAAGCCACACGUCCGUGUUAGUACUCUCAGAUGCGAUUAGAUAUACUUUAUCAUGUUUUUAUGCUACUGACCUAGAAAAAAAAAUUAAAAAGGGUAACAGACAUCUAGGACCUGCGACCUGGAUCCUUCUGAGAUGACCUGGGACUUCACCAGGAGAGAUUUUAUCACAGCCCAUUCACACCUCAUCUGAGCCCUCGCCUGGAUUCAUACUCCUUUCCUUCAUUGGCACUUGUCACCACUUUAUCUCCCAGGAUGGCGGACAGUCUCCCUACAGAGUUUGAUGUAAUUAUCAUAGGGACAGGUUUGCCUGAAUCCAUCCUUGCGGCUGCAUGUUCAAGAAGCGGGCAGAGAGUGCUACAUGUUGAUUCGAGAAGUUACUAUGGAGGAAACUGGGCUAGUUUCACCUUUUCGGGAUUGCUCUCCUGGUUGAAGGAGUGUGAGCAAGACAGUGAGGCUGGGGACAGAAGCGCUGGUGCCUGGCAAAACCUGAUCCAGGACACAGAAGAAGCCAUCGCUCUGCGUCGGAAGGAUGACACCAUCCAACACGUAGAAGUGUUCUGUUACGCCAGCGAGGACACGGGUGACAGUGCUGAAGAGAUUGAUGCUUUGCAGAAAAAUCCUUCCUUGGUAACAUCUAGUACCCUCACCAAACCUCUGGAUUCUGCAUGCCUGUCCAAAGAAACACACUCAGACAGUACUAGCCCCGAAAUGCCUGCCAAAGACACUCCACAACACGAUGGAGAAAUUUUACCAGAAGUAGCCGAUAGAGAGGAAACUCAGGUGAAAGAAACGGAUUGUGGAGAGAAAACUUGUAUACACACAGUUUCAGACGGAGCUAAGGAUGAAAAUAAACCUGUGGUAGAAGACAACACGGGUCAACCAAAGAGAAAUAGGAUUACUUACUCUCAGAUAGUUAAAGAAGGCAGGAGGUUUAAUAUCGACUUGGUCUCAAAGCUGCUGUAUUCUCAAGGCUCACUGAUCGAUCUCUUGAUCAAAUCCAAUGUUAGUCGCUACGCUGAAUUUAAAAAUGUCACCAGGAUUCUCGCAUUUCGAGAGGGGAAAGUAGAACAGGUGCCUUGUUCCCGAGCAGAUGUCUUUAACAGCAAAGAGCUCACCAUGGUAGAAAAGAGGAUGCUGAUGAAGUUUCUGACAUUUUGCUUAGACUAUGAACAGCAUCCUGGGGAAUACCAGGAUUUCACACAGCGCCCCUUUUCCGAGUACUUAAAGACUCAAAAGCUAACCCCCAACCUCCAGCACUUUAUACUACACUCGAUCGCAAUGACAGAGCCAUCCUGCUUGACAGUCGACGGCCUUAAAGCAACAAAGCACUUCCUUCAGUGUCUUGGCCGGUACGGCAACACUCCCUUCUUAUUCCCCUUGUACGGCCAAGGGGAAAUUCCCCAGUGUUUCUGCAGGAUGUGUGCUGUUUUUGGUGGAAUCUAUUGUCUUCGCCACAGAGUGCAGUGCCUCGUGGUUGACAAGGAAUCUGGAAGGUGUGAAGCAGUGAUAGAUCAUUUUGGCCAGAGGAUCCGUGCGAAGUAUUUCAUAGUGGAGGACAGCUACCUUUCCGAGGACACCUGCGCAGGCGUGCAGUAUGAGCAGAUCUCCAGGGCGGUGCUCAUCACAGACCAGUCCGUGCUCAAGGCAGAUUCCGACCAGCAGAUCUCCAUGUUGACGGUCCCUCCAGCGGAACCAGGCGCGCGUGCCGUUCGGGUCGCUGAGUUAUGUUCUUCAACCAUGACGUGCAUGAAAGACACCUACCUGGUGCAUCUGACCUGCUCCUCCGCUAGCACAGCAAGAGAAGACUUAGAACCAGUGGUGCAGAAGUUAUUCACCCCCUACGCGGAGACAGAAAUAGACGAGGGAGACCCUCCGAAGCCACGGCUCUUGUGGGCUCUUUAUUUUAACAUGAGGGAUUCCUCAGGGGUCAGCAGAAGCUCUUACCAUGGCUUACCUUCCAACGUGUAUGUCUGCUCUGGGCCUGACUGUGGACUAGGAAACGAGCAUGCAGUCAAGCUCGCUGAAACCCUUUUUCAGCAGAUCUUCCCAGGAGAAGACUUCUGCCCCCCACCGCCCAAUCCAGAAGACAUUAUCUUCGAUGGGGAUGACAAGCAACCAGAGGCUCCUGGGACCAAUACUCUCAUCGUGGCCAAACUAGAAUCCUCCGAAGGAAGCCAAAACCUAGACAGCCCAGGACAGCAUCUUCAAAAUUAGGAAAAAAGAAAAGGAGGCUGGAAAUGCUACUUUGGGCCUUCAUCCUAGCAUCCGGAUCUUCUCAUUUAAAGGACAGUUUCCUGAGUAAUUAGAAGUGGUUAUGUGAUGAGUGCCAUUAGUCACUGGGUGUCUGUUAACCUGUCAGUAACUGAUUCAUUAGUUAUUGGACUAUUUCUUGUUUGUUUCAGAAUGUACUCUGUGAUCCAGAAUCUUAAACGGUUAGCUUUAUUUUAGUAUUGGGCGUAUAGGUGAGGGUUCCAUAUUAGCAACUGUGCUUAAAGGAGGGUUAUAUUGUAUCUGCUAAUGACUUUCAGAUUUUAUUCUUGUCUACAAUGACAGUGUCUAAAGGGUAUUUUACUUUGCAGCUAAGAUAGUUGCUACCACCUCUGAGUAAAACACACACACAGUAAAUUAUGUGGGUGUUUUGUAUAUAAUAUAAACAUAUUUAUGGUAGCAUUAGCAACUAAUGCAAGUGCCAAUAUAAAAUUCAUUUGUCUAAUUAAAAGACUAGCUUUGCAUGA